CAUUUAGGCACAACUCACAAGAGCAAAAGAAUAUACUCCAUAUCCUAAAGAAGAAAAAAAAACAAGCUUAGCUAAAAAAAAGAGUGAGAUCAAAAAAAGAUGGAGAACUUCCCAGUUAUCAAUUUGGAAAAACUUAAUGGAGAGCAUAGAGAAGCUACCAUGGCAAAGAUCCAUGAUGCUUGUGAAAACUGGGGUUUCUUUGAGUUGAUGAAUCAUGGGAUCCCACAUGAUAUGAUGGACACAGUUGAGAGGAUCACAAAGGAGCAUUACAAGAAGUGUAUGGAACAGAGAUUCAAUGAGUUGGUAGCAAGCAAAGGCCUUGAGAAUGUCUCUACUGAGAUCAAAGACAUGGACUGGGAAAGCACCUUCUUCUUGCGCCAUCUUCCUGAUUCUAACAUGGCUGAACUUCCUGAUCUCGACGACGAGUACAAGAAGCUGAUGAAAGAAUUUGCCUUGAGGCUAGAAAAACUAGCAGAAGAGCUUUUGGACUUGCUAUGUGAGAACUUAGGCCUAGAGAAAGGGUACCUUAAGAAGGUGUUUUAUGGAAGCAAAGCACCAAACUAUGGUACCAAGGUGAGCAACUACCCACCAUGCCCUAAACCCGACUUGAUCAAGGGGCUCCGAGCCCACACCGAUGCUGGUGGGAUCAUCCUCCUCUUCCAGGAUGACAAAGUUAGUGGCCUCCAACUUCUUAAAGACGAUCAAUGGAUCGAUGUUCCACCCAUGCGCCACUCCAUUGUUGUUAACCUUGGUGACCAACUUGAGGUAAUCACUAAUGGUAGAUACAAGAGUGUGCUGCAUCGAGUGGUGGCCCAAACAGACGGGACUAGAAUGUCGAUCGCUUCGUUCUACAACCCUGCAAGUGAUGCAGUGAUUUGCCCAGCCCCAUCCUUGGCAGAGAAGGAUGCAGAGGACCAAAAGCAAAUUUACCCUAAAUUUGUAUUUGAUGACUACAUGAAGUUGUAUGCAGGCCUAAAAUUCCAGGCCAAGGAGCCUAGAUUUGAAGCCAUGAAGAAUGUGGGAAAUGGACUCAACUUGGGCACUGUUGCUGCUGCUUACUAGAGACUCAUUUCAAUAAAAAAUAUAGAUCAUCAUAUUAUAGUAUAAAGAAAAAAUAUUGCUUCUUUUGUUUUUGGGUCCAAAUAAAGGAAAAGAUUAUGCUUGGUGAAGAUCAGUCUGAAUUUUAUUUAUUAUUAUUUGAGUAAAAAGAUGUUACAGUUAACAUGUAAUUUUCAUCUGAGUGUGUUAAUGAUGAAAUUAGUUAAUCUUACUGAUUACUUAUGAUAAGAUAUAUUGGAAAAACAAAGAAAUAUUUUAUCAAUUAUUAUAUUGGAGCA